GCUUCAGAUACCGAAUUUUCAAUGAAUUUUUGUUGAAAUCUCAUACUAAACUUAACGAAGAAACUGAAGUGUUUUCUACAAAAAUCAACUGAAAAGAAGGAGGAUAGCUGUAACAGAUUAGAAUUGAUCAAAACUCAAGCAAAGAACUAAAGUCAGCUUUGAAUACCAAACCGAAUAAAGUAUUUACAUUAUUAUUUGAUUUUUCAAAAGUAUAUCGUAGAAAAUGCAUAUGAGUCUGGAAGGAGUGUUGUGGCCAAACAUAUAUUUACUGACCACUAUAGGCAUCUGGCCAUUGCCUUCAAACGCUACUACUGUGUCUAGACUUUUUACGUAUUUUCGCAUUUUCCUUCAUGUUACUUUGGAGUGCACCAUAAUUAUGGGCUUAAUCUACACUAUCUGGGUGAACUGGGGUAAUAUUUUUAUCUUAUCAGACUGCAGCAGCAUUAUAUUUUCGCAUUUCUUGAUAGUGUUCAAGUUUACAUAUAUUAUAUUACAUCGCCAUUCCUGUAUUCAAGUCUUAAAUAAGUUGAAGGAAUUUUGGGAAAUAAGCCAGGAGGAGAAAGAACGGCAAUGUUUUGAAUAUUUCGCAAUUUGGGGAAAAACAGUCACCAUUUCCUGUGCGAUCACGGGCUUCGCAAACGUCAUAACGUUUUUCCUGACUGCCAUCUUCAAUGAGUUUAAAUAUCAAAGGGCCGAUAAUCAAACGGACAUGCGGCGUAUACUUAUAAUAGACACUUUGUACGGAUUUGACUAUCAGCAGUCGCCGGUCUUCGAGAUUCUGAUUAUUUGGCAAAUGAUGACAUUGAUGGGCGCCCUUACGUCGGUUGUCGCAACCGAUUGUACUGCUAUGUCUAUCAUACUACAUCUCACUGGGCAAUUCGCAUUGAUAAGUGCGCGACUCAGAGCCAUCGGUAAGGAAACUUGUCGCGAGAAAAUACCACACGUCAAUGGCGAUGUCAUGGUGAUAGAAAUUAGACGAUGCAUCGCGCAUCAUCAACAUGUUAUCAGAGUAACAGACGAGUUGAACGCUAUAAUAGGGCCAAUGGCCACCGUCCAUGUGCUGACAGCAGGUUUAAUUAUUUGUACGAACGGGUAUUCCUUGAUCAAGAGUGAUAACUGCUCUGAGAUCGAAAUCAUCAAAUUCGCGGGCUACUUUAUUUGCAUGAUCAUACAACUAUCGCUAUGGUGCUGGUCGGGUGAAUUACUUAUCCAGGAGAGUAGGGCCAUUGCCCAAACAGUCUUCUUGGAGAUUUCUUGGUUCACGUUUCCUACCACAGUUCAACGUGAUCUCAUUCUCAUCGUACUUAGGUCGCAAAAGCAAUGCCAGAUUGUCAGCUUUUUGCAGAUCAUGUGUAGACGCAAAAUUACCGAGGUCUUCAACACUGCUGCAUCGUAUUUGGCGCUGUUACGAAGUAUACAAGAGUAG